AUGCCAUUGACUGAGGAUCUUGAAGACUUAGCAGAAAUAGCUCGAGAGUACUUUACCGGUCGCUACACUCAUGCCAUAUUCUCCAAAGAGGGAGGAUGGCCCAAAGUGAUCGAGGAACAGGUCGCGAAGGUCAGCAAAGAACAAGGGUUCAAUGAAUCCCGGCUGCCACCUUUUACUGAAGAAGAAGUCAACUUAAUCAGAGGGUCCUACGAUUUCUUCGGCAUGAACCACUAUACUUCAAAACUGGUGCGGUACACAAAACCAGGGGAGAAAACCACCUCAGCGCUUUUCACAUCUAUUUACGAAUUCAAUGCUACACUCGUCACUGACCCGACUUGGAAGCGUGGACAGACCGAUUACAUGGUGACGUAUCCUCAAGGUAUAAGAGCCCAAAUGGAAUGGGUGAGGAAGCAAUAUGGAGACAUUGAGAUCCUGAUCACAGAGAACGGGUACGCCACGGGAGAACCCAUCAUAGAUGAUGACGAAAGGGUAGAUUAUGUCAAAUCAUACUUGAAUGAGGUCCUUUUGGCUAUCCAAGAAGGUAUCAAAGUUAUUGGAUACUCCUACUGGUCUCUGAUGGAUAAUUUCGAGUGGGGCAGUGGAUACUCGUCAAAGUUCGGUAUUUACCAAGUGGACUUCGAGGACCCCGAGCGCACGCGCACUGCGCGUAAAUCUGCGCGCUACAUCGCGGACAUCAUCAAAAAUAGAGUCCUGUAA